AUGUGCAAGGCUGAGAUCCCAGUGCAGUACGUGAACUGGCUCUAUUCAACACCGACAGCACAAUGUGGCUGCGGGGAGCGGGACAACGACCCAAGGACGCUCUUCUCGCGUGCUUUCAUGCCGAUGCUCUUCGUUUCGGCAGCGGCUUUGCUGCUUGCCGUCAAGAAGGAGCGGGCGGAGCGGGAUCGGCAGAAGACUGGUUCAACCGAUGUUACGCACCAUGACGUGCCUGACGAGACGGGAAGUGGAAGUGGAAGUGCGGAGGACAUGCCGAAGGCCAAUCACAAACGGGAGCGCCUGUAUCAUUUGGACUUCGCCCGCAUCGCCUGCGUGGCCUGUGUGGUCAGUGAGCAUAGCGGCGGCGAUCAGUUCGCAGCGAACAACUAUUUUUGGGUUCAACAGUGGGUGGUGCCGUUUCUUUACUUGGUCAGCGGGGUCUCAUUCAUGCUGUCGCGCUCUUGGAUCUGGACGUACGAGUUACGUCUCUUUGCAGUGCUUGCUGUCGGCUGCGGGGCAAACGCCGUUGCCUGUUUUGCAAACGCUUCAAAUUUGGCAUUGUACAUACCUUUCCAGAUGGGUUACGUCAUGGUGCUGAUGGCGUUGUGUGGUUGUCUUCAUCCCUUGAAGAAGGCAUUGAUCUGGAGAGCCGAAAAUCCAUCAGCACCGGCCACGCUGCGGCUCAGACUGUACACUGGUUUUUGGGGCCUUUUGUCCCUCGGCUUCUUCGUCCUCUACGCUGGAGGAUGGGACCAUAUUGAGCUCUUGAACAUCGCAUCAUUUGCAGAGGGCUUCCGUCAAAGCGCUUUAUAUGCACCUGUGUAUGAGAUGCCACUGUUCUUUGCUCGGACGUUUGGCUUCUUCUUCCUGGCUUUCCUGACCUGCUGUUCUGGGAAAACUGCCUUAGCGACAUGGAUUUUGCUGGCGGUGAGCUACACUGCUCACGUCUUCGUUCCAUACAAUAGCGGAAGCCAUCCCAUUGGGGGAGACCUCUUCGUCAUCGGCAUGGUAUCUUUCCAGUGGCCAGCAAAGUUCAAGAAGAGAAUUGCAGCCGCGGUCCAUCAGUACUGGAUGCUGAUGAUAGUGAUCGUGCUGCUGUUGAGCAACCCAAUGGUGUACGGCCGCUGUGACUUAACGCCACUCAACACGACUUGGGAGCGUCUGCGGUACCGCGCCAUCGAGUUUGCUCUUGUGUCCUUGAUGAUCACCGAUACGCUGAACAGCUACGACUCACAUGGCGUGACACCAUGGCUCAACAUGUGGUCCCUGUGGGCCUACUGCUUCCACGUGGCCUUGGCACGCGUGCUUCCCCUUCCAUAUGGCGCAGCGGUGACAUAUGGUUGCGUUCCAAUUUUCUACCUGUUCUCCCGCCUGCGUCGCACACGUGGUAGGUUGGCACAGGCCCAAGAACUUCCAACCGAAGACACUGCUCAGCGAGAUGUCAAUGUACAGAUGGCUGUCACGACGGCAGUGUCGGACACUGAGCAACCUUGA